AUGUAUAGCUCUCUGGUCAGGGCGCAAAACACGUUCGGCUUCUUCACCACUGUUGCUGGCUUUCUCGCCCUCGUCAUUGCCCUCUCCGAUCUCAUAGCCCCGCGUACCCCCAGCGUAGGGACCAUCAAGACUACAAAUGUCCAGGUUACAAAGCAGGUGUUUGUAUACGUGACAGCCGAGUGGCCCUCUGUUCAGCCUGGCCAUGCCUCCUCUCCGAGCAGUAAUGCGACCAACCAGGCCGUCAUCUGGGACACCAUCAUUACGAGCCCCAGCGCCGACCACCUCCAGAACAUCGGCCCUAUCGCCAUGAAGAAGCUGCGCAAGAGUGCCGAGGGCAAGAGCAUUGACCCUAGCCGGGGCCUGCUGCGCUUGAAGAACCAAAAGCCAAAAUACCAAAUCACGCACCCGAGCGGGCGCAUCGCCGAAGCCAAGGAUGUGACCCUCAGGCUACACUACAACGUGCAGCCCUGGGUCGGUAUCCUUACGUGGAACCAAGAUCGCGAUUACGGGCUCUGGGAGCGUCUCAAGGGUGGCGUGAGCAAGAAAUUUGCGUUGCCGGCUCUGAAGAAGAAGGAGGGCCAAAAAGCGUAG